AAACAUUCAUACGUCAUAGUACAUGACUAGGGUUUGACGAGGACUGACCUUCGAAGGGCCUCCUCUUCCUAAUUUGUCAUCAUUAGUCGUCAUAAGAAUGAUUAUCUAGAUCAUAUAUACACAUGAUUAUUUCGAAUAAUGGCUUCAUCAAAAUAAGGAAACAAGCCAGACAAGUACUAGAGGACACAAACAACAGAGAUCACAAUGGGUUGUUGGUACAAUCUAAAGAGAAACCUAUGCUUCCAAGUCUUCAUAUUUCUAGUGAUAUUUACAGUCGACCUUGCAGACGUUCUGAGUGAUUGGUUAUUCUUCAAUGAAAUGCGUCUGCAAGAGAAAGGCUUGGUAUUCGGACCAAUCGAUACAAAACUCCUUUAUGUUUUACUGGGAUUCUCUUGUGUUGGAGUUUUAACAUUUCUAGUGGAGAUCGUGAAUUUCGGAAGACAUAUAUUUCGACCGGAUGAGAAAGGUUGGUUGGAUGUGGAUUAUCUGUCCACUUUUGUUGUUUGGGUGGAGGAAAUACCACAAAUAUCAAUCAGUGUCAUUAUAGCUGCUUGCCGUGAAGAAGGUGUCAGUGUAUAUCAAAUUUCGAAAGCAUCGGUCGUUAUCAUAGGGUGUUUCGCCAGGUUAUUAAUAGGUUUGAUACGAUACUGUCUACGUAGAAGACGAGGAGAAUAUAGAAACAAACAAUCGUUUAAAUGCUGUUCUGGAAUACUUCUCUUUGGAUUAGUUUUAUCCGUGUUGGGCUCGUCUCUAGUUUUCAUUUUUUCCCAUAUAUUAAAGGAUGGUGACAAAAUUUCAUUUCAAAAACCAAAAGAAUUUAUUUUAACGAAGCGUGAUACAGCUAAGUAUUUCCCACAUGUUGGAAUAUUCCUCAAUAGUAACGAACUUAGAAAUGGGAUCGAUCAAACAUAUAGGCAGGAUGAAUGGAUAAAACUCAUGGAUCUUACAGACUUAGAAAAAAGUCCACAGCCUGUGCAAAAAAUAAAGUUUACAAAGAAUGGAAACAUGAAAAUGAAAAUUGUGACAUCAUCAACACAAAAUUUGGGAUCACUCACAUCACAGAAACUUCGAACGGAAUGUUAUAAUGAAACAAAUGGCUGGUUUGUAUCAAACUCCACAGAGUGUUCUAAGUUAUUUACUGCCGCUGAUUUUACAUCAGAAUUUGUGAUUUACUAUAACUUUAAACCACAGUCGUCACAUCAGAUGUUUGGUGACGUCACUUAUAAUACUAGAUACACAUCCACUGGAGAGUGUUACAACGAACCUAACGUAAACAAUACACGGCUAUAUUUAGAAUAUUUCAAGGCAACCCCUCAAACUGAGGAUAGAUUUCACUUACUUUUGCCAAACGGAAAUGUUUUUAAAACUUUAUUUAAAUUUUACACAUCAGAGAACUUGAUUCCAAUAAAACAAGCGUGGAUGACUGGAUUUCUGGGAUGUGAGAGCUCAGGCAGUGAAGCUCCACAUUGGGACAAAUCGUUACAAAUCAAAUGUUUUAAUACUUAAUAUUGAAGCUGACUUUAGUGAACUUUUCAAAAGAAAUCCACAAUAUAACUAUAAGGACAAACCAGAGUUAUCUCUCUUACAAGGAAAUAUAAUUUUUUAUGUGAGGCAGUUUUACAAUUUUUAUAAUAAAGUAUGAUUUUUUAUGA